UAGCAAUGCAUCACUUGCGAAUAAGUGAUUGUUUGCGAUGGAUCGUUGGCAGAAUCGUGUAGCCGCAGUAACGGGUGCUAGUGCCGGAAUAGGAUGGGCCAUCGCUAAGGCUCUCCUGCAAUCUGGCAUGAUUGUCGUCGGCAUGGCAAGGCGUGUCGACAAAAUAGAAGAACUCAAAUCAUCGCUAGACGACAAAUUAAAACUGAGGUUCCACGCCUGCAAGUGCGACGUGAGCAGUGAAAAGGAUAUUGUGGCAGCUUUCAAGUGGAUCGACUCUAAUCUCGGUGGUGCGGAUGUGCUGGUGAACAAUGCUGGUGUUCUGAAAUCUACUCAACUUAUCGAACCCGGAAAUACUCAGAUGAUUCGCGAUGUAGUAGAAACUAACAUCAUGGGUCUGAUCUUGUGUGCCCGUGAAGCAUACCAAUCAAUGAAACGACGCAGCGUUGAUGGUCAUAUCGUUAACAUGAACAGUGUUGUAGGACACGGAGUACCGGUUGGAGUUGAUACUCUGACCACAUACAAUGUCUAUCCAGCAACAAAACAUGCAGUAACCGCUCUCACUGAAACGUUUCGUAUAGAAUUAUUGAACGAUAAUAAUAAAGUCAAACUGACGAGUAUAAGUCCUGGAGCAGUCCGAACAGAUAUUUUCAACGAUCCGGAUUUACUAAAGAAACCAAUACCAUUCCUGGAGCCCGACGAUAUAGCCAAUAGUGUGCUACACGUGAUUUCAACUCCAAAGCAUGUUGAGAUCAAAGAGCUUACUAUAAAACCGCUCGGAGAGCGAUUCUAAUGAUGCGCGUGUGUGAGCCGUUUGUGAGCAGCUAAUGUGCGCUAGUUAAUAUGCGUUAUAGAUGCCGUCGACAAUUUGUCAACAGUAGAAGCGUAUAGGAAGCAAAAAACUUUUAAGAGACUACUAGUAAAUUGUAUACUAUGGUAGUAAUUCGUUCAAAACGGUUGACGUUGUAGUAUCACAUCAGAAAGUUCAUUUUCCAUCCGUUUUUUACAAAUAAAUAUUGUAACAGUACAA